AUGGCGUCUGCUGUUCAGGCUGCGCGGCUGGUCAGCCGAAAGGCACAUGUCCUUCCUGGACAGCUGCACGUUACCGAGCUGUUUUUCGAGGUGCCCAAGAACCACGCUCGGCCCGAGGCUGGCACUCUGAAGCUCUUCGGUCGCAGCGUCCGGAAGCAUGAGCGGCCCGUCGUCCCCCUUUCCGGGUCGGAGCUCGCGAGCAAGGAGAAGCUGCCGUAUCUAGUCUACCUCGAGGGCGGGCCAGGGUUCGGUAACCAGGACCCUCAGAGCCAUCCCCUGACCGAAGUCGCCCUCAACCGUGGCUACCAGGUCUUGUACCUAGACUCCCGCGGUACCGGCCUCUCCACCCCCAUCAAUGCCGACACCGUGCUGGCUCAGGGCGGCCCCCAAGAGCAGGCCGACUACCUCAAGCUCUUCCGCGCCAACAGCAUUGUGCGCGACCUGGAAGCCGUUCGGCUGUGCCUGACUGAAGACUUCGACGACGACAAGAAGCCCUGGUCCAUCUUCGGCCAUUCUUUCGGCGGUUUCGUCGGCCUCACCUACCUCUCCAAGUACCCGCAAGGCCUCCGAGAAGUGUUCCUCACUGGCGGCCUUGCUCCCAUCCGGCGCACCGCCGACAAGGUCUACGCGGCCACCUACAAGAAGGUCACCCAGCGCAACGUAGCCUACUACAAGAAAUACCCCGAGGACGUCGCCACCGUCCGCCACCUAGCCGCGCACAUCGAGUCGCACCCGGACGGGCGGAUCCCGCUGCCCUCCGGCGGCCAGCUCACCGCGCAGCUGUUCCUGACCCUGGGCCUCGCCUUCGGCGGCCACGGCGGCCUGGACGAGGUGCACUCCCUGGUGCUGCGCCUGGCCGCGGACCUGGACCAGUUCGGGCGCUUCACGCGCGGCUCGCUCGGCGCGCUCGAGGCCCGCAUCCCCUUCGACGCUCACCCGAUCUAUGCGCUGCUCCACGAGGCCAUCUACAACCGGCUCGCGCGCGGCGCGCCCGCCACCAACUGGGCCGCCCUGCGCGUCGGCCAGACCCUCCGCCAGUUCGGCUGGCUGGCCGCCGGCGGCGUGACGGACUUCCUCCGCGCCACCGCCGCGUCCGAGCCGCUGUACUUCGCCGGCGAGAUGGUCUACCCGUUCCACCUCGACCCGGGCAGCGCCGAGCUGCGGCCGCUAAGGGACGCCGCCGAGGUCCUCGCCGCGGAGGACGAGUGGGACGAGGACCUGUACGACGAGGCGCAGCUGGCCCGCAACGAGGUGCCCGUGUACGCGCUGAGCUAUGUGGAUGACAUGUACGUCGAUUUCGAGUUCGCGCGGGAGACGGCCUCGUUGGUGCGCGGCAUCAAGGUGCACGAGACGAACGGGUGGUAUCAUGAUGCGGUGCGGUCCAAGUCGGCGGAGGUGCUCGCCGCGAUCUUCAAGCUGAGAGAUGACGAUAUUGAUUGA